AUGAAGGGUUUCGAAAUAUCCAAGCUCAGCAGAGGCGACAGCAAGUCGGUGGCAGCAGUCGCCAAGACACUUUGCCGAGCCAAGUCGAUGGUGGAAAGUAUCACAAAAAAGUCUGCGUGGUAUAUCGAGGUUGUCGCGGUGGACCCAUCAUACCAAAAGAGAAGACUCGGCUCUCAAAUGGUAGAGCAUCUCCUGAGCCUUUGCCCUCCAGGCCAUCCAGUCUACCUGGAAUGCACCGAUCGUAAGAACGUGGGGUUCUACGAGAAAUACGGUUUCAAGGUUGUAACUGAGGUGCGAUUGAUAGAUCCUUUGAUAGAUUCGGACGAAGGGGUGACAUUAUGGCUUAUGGCAAAGCUAUGA